AUGUUGUUGUACUCAUUGGUGUGGUCGAUAUUGGCCGCAAAUUUUGCUGUGGCAAAAACACAUAGGUUGAAUUAUACCGCUUCCUGGGUGAAAGCUAAUCCUGAUGGUUUGCAUGAAAAGAGGAUGAUUGGAUUCAAUGGCGAAUGGCCACUUCCAGAUAUCCACGUUGAAAAAGGAGACCGCGUUGAGCUUUAUUUGACCAACGGCUUUCAAGACGAGACUGCAACCUCUUUACAUUUUCAUGGUCUUUUCCAUAAUACCAGUGUAGGAAACCAACUCCAAAUGGACGGUCCUUCUAUGGUAACACAAUGUCCCAUCAUUCCUGGACAGACAUAUUUGUACAAUUUUACAGUUCCAGAGCAAGUGGGAACAUUUUGGUAUCAUGCACAUAUGGGUGCUCAGUAUGGUGAUGGUAUGAGGGGUGCAUUUAUCAUCCACGAUCCGGAAGAGCCUUUUGAAUACGAUCAUGAACGAGUCGUCACUUUAUCAGACCAUUAUCACGAAAAUUAUAAAGAGAUUACUAAAGAAUUUCUAUCUAGGUAUAAUCCGACUGGUGCUGAACCUAUUCCCCAAAAUAUCCUUUUCAAUAAUACAAUGAAUGUAACGUUGGAUUUUACACCCGGUGAAACUUAUCUUUUCAGGUUCCUGAACAUUGGGUUGUUCGUAUCCCAGUAUAUUAUUCUCGAGGAUCAUGAAAUGAGCAUAGUAGAGGUAGACGGAAUUUACGUAAAACCAAACAUCACUAAUUCGAUCUAUCUUUCUGCGGGCCAAAGAAUGAGUGUGUUAAUCAAAGCAAAAGAUAAAAUGCCCACAAAGAACUACGCCAUGAUGCAAAUAGUGGACGAAACAAUGCUUGAUGUUGUCCCACCAGAGCUACAACUCAACCAAACUAUACAAAUGAGAUAUGGUAAAUCAUUGCCGAAGGCACGUGCAUUGAAUAUUGACGAUUGCGAUUUGAACCGUGCCACGAAUGACUUUUACUUGAAACCAUUGAUCGAAAGGGAUUUACUCUCUCACUACGACCAUCAAAUCGUCAUGGACGUGAGAAUGGUUAAUUUGGGUGAUGGGGUGAAGUACGCGUUUUUCAAUAACAUCACCUACGUCACACCAAAGGUCCCCACUUUGACGACAUUACUUACCUCAGGAAAGCUUGCGCUGGAUUCCAGAAUUUAUGGUGAUAACAUCAAUGCACAAUUCCUAAAACAUAAUGAUAUCAUAGAAGUUGUUCUUAACAAUUAUGAUUCAGGCAGGCAUCCCUUCCAUUUGCACGGUCAUAAUUUUCAAAUAGUGCAGAAAUCGCCUGGGUUCCAUGUUGGUGAAGAUUAUGACGAAUCGGAGCAGGAUCGAAUGACCGUUCCUUAUGACGAAUCUGCCCCAUUACAGCCGUUUCCUGAAAGGCCAAUGGUGAGAGACACUGUAGUUUUAGAACCCAGUGGACAUGUCGUACUAAGAUUCAGAGCAGACAAUCCCGGUGUUUGGUAUUUCCAUUGUCAUGUUGAUUGGCACCUACAACAAGGUUUAGCCUCAAUUUUCAUUGAGGCACCUACUGUGCUACAAGAAAGGGAAAAGCUUAAUGAGAACUAUUUAAAUAUUUGUAAAUCAGCCGGUAUUCCUGUUGUUGGUAACGCUGCGGGUCACUCAGAUGAUUGGUUUAACCUAAAUGGAUUGCCCAAACAGCCUAAACCAUUGCCCAAAGGAUUUACUACCGAAGGGUAUUUGGCUUUGAUUGUUUCUACUGUUAUUGGUAUCUGGGGAUUGUAUUCAAUUGCUAGGUAUGGUAUUGGUGAGGUUAUUCCCAACGAUGAAAAAGUGUACCACUCGCUAAGGGAAAUUUUGGCUGAAAAUAACAUGGAAAUUCCUCGCAGUCAGUAA